UUACCUUAACAAAAUUCCCAUCAUCAUAACAUAAUAAACAAAACAAAAAUCUUCAAAAAUGCAUUCGAAAUUUCAAAACCCCUGAAACCCAAACCGCUCGAUUCGAUCCAUUUCCAAAUCUCUUUUUUUUCCUUUUUGAUUUUAAUUAUUUUUUGAUUCGAGAAUGGAGAUCGAUUCGUCUCCGAUUUGUAAGUGCUCGAAAGAGCACCAGAAGAUCUAUGAAGAAUGGUUCAAUUACUCCGAUUCAGAUGGCGAUGGACGCAUUACUGGAAACGACGCGAUCAAGUUCUUUGGCAUGUCCAAUUUGCCUCGACCUGAUCUCAAGCAGGUAUGGGCAAUUGCGGAUUCCAAACGACAAGGCUUUCUUGGUUUGAAAGAGUUCAUUGCAGCAAUGCAGUUAAUUUCUUUGGUACAAGGUGGACAUGCGCUCACUAAUGAAAGCUUAAAUGGUGAAGUUGACUUUGAAAAUUUAAAGCCUCCUGUCAUGGAAGGUUUGGAUGCAUUACUUGCUAAGAAAAAGCGUGCACCCAAAACAAGUGAGCCUGAUCUGAAUGGUAGUACUCAACCACAGCAAUCUCCAGCUUGGUUUACUUCUGCAAAAUCUGCAAAGAAGGUGCCUUUAUCCUCUGUUACAUCAAUAUUCGAUGGCUUGAAGAAGUUGUACGCACAGAAACUAAAACCAUUAGAAGUUACUUAUCGUUUCAACGAUUUUGUGUCCCCUUUAUUGGCAAAUAGUGAUUUUGAUGCCAAACCUAUGGUUAUGUUGUUGGGUCAAUACUCCACAGGAAAAACAACAUUCAUUAAACAUUUACUCAAAAGUAGUUACCCAGGCAAGUUAUUCUCUCUCUCUCCCUCUCUCUCUGGUGAGUGGAAAAAAGUAAUUUUGUUUGCUAUGUCUUCAUUGUCAACAGGAGCUCACAUUGGACCUGAGCCUACAACGGAUAGAUUUGUCGUUGUCAUGAAUGGACCUGAUGAUAGAAGUAUUCCGGGGAAUACUAUUGCUGUUCAAGCAGAUAUGCCAUAUAGUGGUCUCACAACUUUUGGAACUGCAUUUCUGUCAAAAUUUGAGUGUUCCCAAAUGCCACAUCCGCUGCUGGAGCAAAUAACGUUUGUCGAUACCCCUGGAGUUUUAUCAGGAGAAAAGCAACGAACGCAGAGAAGCUAUGAUUUUACUGGUGUGACGUCUUGGUUUGCUGCAAAGUGUGAUCUCAUUCUACUUCUAUUUGAUCCACAUAAACUUGAUAUCAGUGAUGAAUUCAAACGUGUGAUUUCAUCUCUACGAGGUCAUGAUGACAAGAUUCGCAUAGUUUUGAACAAGGCAGAUCAAGUUGAUACACAGCAACUGAUGAGGGUAUAUGGAGCAUUGAUGUGGUCGCUUGGAAAAGUUCUAAAUACCCCUGAGGUUAAUCGUGUUUAUAUUGGCUCAUUCAAUGAUAAACCCGUAAAUGAGGCUGCUGCUGGUCCACUUGGCAGAGAGCUUUUUGAGAAAGAACAGGACGAUCUUCUUGCUGAUUUAAAAGACAUACCAAAGAAGGCCUGUGAUCGUCGAAUCAAUGAAUUUGUGAAACGUGCCAGAGCCGCUAAGAUUCAUGCUUACAUUAUUAGCCAUCUUAAAAAAGAGAUGCCUGCUAUGAUGGGCAAAGCUAAAACUCAGCAGAAACUGAUUGAUAAUCUGUCCGAUGAGUUUUUAAAGGUCCAAAGGGAGCACCAUUUACCGAUUGGAGAUUUCCCAAAUGUCGAGCACUUUAGGGAGGCCUUGAGCGGUUACAACAUUGACAAGUUUGAGAAGUUGAAACCUAAAAUGAUACAAGCUGUCGAUGACAUGCUGGGUUAUGACAUCCCGGACCUCUUGAAGAAUUUCCGAAAUCCCUAUGAUUAAAUUGUUUCAACGGCUUCAGUGAAAACAUUUUAUGGUGGUUGAAGAGAAGCAAAAAUGGGCGCAUUACAUAUAUAUAAACCAAUGCAUCAAUGUAUUUGUAUUUUUGUUAUUUCAUUUUUCAAUAAUUGUGUUGAGAUUUUUACUGAGCUUUCAAGUGUGUCUGUCUCUUGUUGUAUGAAGGCUAGAAAGGUUGUAUAGAAGCUAUUCUUAUUCAUUUUGCUACAGAGGAUUUUGAAGAGUUGUUGCUUUUUUUUUC